AUGUAUAUAUUUGUUCUAGCUAUAUCACCUGUAUCAGAAGCAAAUAUUGUUCUUGGUGCAUAUUUUUCUGUUCAUAAUCCUCCACCUACUGGAACGGGUGGACGCCUCAGGGAAUGUGGUGAUAUACGCGAAGAUUAUGGCAUUCAUCGAGUUGAAGGCACUUUUUGGAUAUUGGAUCAGAUUAAUGCGAAUCAGUCUAUCUUGCCAAACAUAACGCUUGGCUAUCAAAUUCGUGAUUCAUGUUGGUAUGCACCAGUCGCAUUAGAGCAAACAAUUGAAUUUAUUGGCAAUUCAGUGCUGGCUGAUAAUGGGCAAAUAUCAAGAUCUCGUUUAGCAGCCAUUAUUGGACCGGGUGAUAGUUCAAUAACUAUGCAAGUACACAAUAUAUUACAAUUGUUUGAAAUGCCACAGAUAGGUUAUUCAGCAACAGCUAAACAAUUGAGUGAUAAAGAAAAAUUUAAAUAUUUUAUGAGAGUUAUUGCAUCUGAUACACAGCAAGCACAAGCAAUUGUUGACAUUAUAAGACAAUUUAAAUGGAGCUAUGUAGUCACGAUUGGAACGGAAGGGGAUUAUGGUCGAGGCGGUGUUGAAGCUAUUCGUCGAUUGUUACACGAUGACGUUUGUAUUGGAGCCGAUUUGACGAUGCCUAUCGGAGCAAAUGUCACUGUUGCAAAACAAUUAAUUAGGCAAAUCAUUCGGAAAGCUCCUCGAGCACAGGUUCUUGUAUGCUUUUGUCUCGAUCAUUCAAUUAGUCCUCUUCUUCAAGCGAUUAAAGAUUUGAAUUAUACGCAACGUUUUGUUAUAUUAGGAAGCGAUGCAUGGGCUGAUAGACUAAAUGUUAUUCCAAACAACACUGAAUCAGUCGCUCUUGGAGCGAUUACAAUUAAAGCUCGUUCAUUGCGUGUUCCAGGCUUUGAACAAUACUUUCGUUCACUCCAUGUCAAUGCUAAUAAACGAAAUAUUUGGUUUCAAGAAUAUUGGCAACAAAAAUUUCGAUGCAGAUUUAAAGAUUCACCGUCCUCAAAGUUUAAUAGAGUUUGUCAACCAGAUCAUGAAAGUUUAGCUAGAGUACCGUAUAACGAAGAUCCAAAACUAGCAUUUGUUAUCAAUUCAAUAUUGGCCGUUGUUCAUGGUUUAGAUAAAAUGCAUAAACAAAUUUGUAAUGGUACCGGUGGUUUAUGCAAAGAAAUGGCACGUAUGGAUUCAUCAUUACUAAUGCAAUAUUUACGAAAAAGUCGAUUUACUGGAAUAACAGGUGAAGAAGUAUUUUUUGAUGCGAAUGGCGAUGGUCCAGGCAGAUAUGAUAUAUUGAAUUUACAAGGAAUUGCUAAUGGUACUGAUGUUAAUCUUACGUAUGUGCAUGUUGGUACCUGGAAUACGGGUGCAUUAGAACUCAAUUCAUCGUCAAUGCAUUUUUUUGCUGAUCAACGACAAUUACCAGCAUUGAAUGUUAGUCAAUAUUGUAGUGAAGCAUGCAGAAAAGGACACGUUAAGAAAUUUACUGAUGAAGAAAGAUGCUGUUGGCAAUGUUAUCCGUGUAGCAAUGGAGAUAUUGUUUUGGAUGAAACAACGUGUUUUCAGUGUGCAACAGGUUUUUGGCCAAAUGCUGAUAAGACUGCCUGUUCAUUACUUCCAAUAAGUACGAUAAAUUUUCGACAUCCACUAUCAAUAAUAAUUUGUUUUGUUGCUGCUAUUGGAAUAAUGAUUAGUUUUUUUGUUCUCUACAUAUUUGUACGAUUUAAUGCGACGCCUGUUGUGAAAUCUACAACGCGUGAAUUAAGUUAUCUAAUACUAAUGGGAAUUCUAUUUUGUCAUUUAACAGCAUUCGUUAUUUUACAAAAACCUAAUUAUGUUAUAUGUGUAUUGACACGUCUAUUGCCUGGCAUAUCAUUUUCAAUGAUUUAUGGAUCAUUAGUAACAAAAACAAAUCGUAUAGCAAGAAUAUUGGCUCGCAGUAAAAAGAAAAUAAUAACUAGUCGAUUAAGGUUUAUGAGUGCUCGCCAUCAAUUAGCCAUUGCAUGUAUUAUACUAGUAACAGAAAUAUGCAUUGUUGCUUAUACUGUGUACAAAGAUCCUCCUAAAGCAGUUCUCAUUGACACUGGUGGUCGUCUACUUUUAACAUGUAAAAAAUCACUUCCCGGUAUUGCAGCUCCAUUGGGAUUUGAUGGACUAUUAGUUUUUUUAUGUACAUUAUAUGCAAUAAAAACAAGGAAUUUACCAGAAAAUUUUAAUGAAGCAAAAUUUAUUGGCUUUUCAAUGUAUACAACAUGUGUCAUUUGGAUAGCAUUUGCAGCUGUCUAUUUUGCAAUUGAAGCCAAAGUAUUUUCGUUAUGUGUCGCAACUACAUGCAGCGCAUAUGUUGUACUAAUAUUCUUAUUUUUUCCAAAGUUGUAUUUAAUCAUCUUCAAACCCGAAAAAAAUCAACGAAGUGCAUUUGCCACCAACAAAGAUAUUCGUUGUCAUUUUGGGUCAUCGACAACAUCAAAAAGUGAUAUGAGUUCUUAUAGAUACAGUGAAGGAUCUAGCCUAUUUCGAAAGUCAGUUUUACAUCGAAUCCGCUUUGGAAAUACAUUACGAUUGAAAGCUGUUUGUGCAAAUUCAGCUGCAUCUUCGCUAAGAACAAAUGAUAUGCCUGGUAGUGAUCGUCGUCCAUCACGUUCUUUAUCAGCUUAUCCAGAACAUUGGAUGUAUCGUUCACAUUCAAAUUCCCCGAAUCAAACAAUUAACUAUGGUCCAACAACAACGAUAAGUGCUGAUGAUUUAAGUUACAGAAGUGGGAUUUUAAGCCAACAUAUAAUCAAUGAACUUUCACCUGUGAUUAAGUUAUCCGACGAUUCUAUUCAAAAUCAUAUAACAACAAAUUCUUCUCCGAAUAACAUCGUCGUUACAAAAACUAAUUCGACUAAUAAAAUAAUACAUUUUCCUGAUUGUAUUCAUUCGACAAAUCAUUUACCAAAUCUCAGUAUUGCAACAACAACGACAUCCUCAACAGCUACACCACUCUCGGAUAACACACAAUCAAAUAUCCGUUCGAGAAAAAAAUCCAUACCUGCCUAUGAUUUACCAGUACCAUCGGCAGUAAAUGAUUUGGUCUAUGAUGUUGAAAGUGAAUCGUCGAGUGCGUGGACAGAAGCCGCUGCCAUUGAACAUGAAUGUACUGAAAAUGGACCAUCACUAAUGUGUACAUGUCGUCUAUUAUGGCAAUUAGAGAAAGAAACAGAUAGCAUAGACAAAUUUAAAAUGUUUUUUAAACGAGAAAAUUAUGAUGUGACAUGGGAUUAUGUACAAGGCAGUUCUGAAGUUUAG